AUGGACGAGCUAAAGUUGACCGGCAAUUGCUUGAAAGCCUCUCGGCCGAUCCUGUCGUUUGAUUCAACGUUUGAAGGCAAGCCGCAUUUGGAGUUGAUCAAGCAGACGCUUACACAGGUAUUUAGCACACCCGAGCACCACCCACGAUCUCAACCGUUUGUCGACCACGUUUUCACUUUCUCGAUUUCCCCAGAUGAGAAGAUCUGGUUCCGAAAUUUCCAAAUCGUCGAUGAAACCUUGCAAUUGCAAGAGAUCGGGCCUCGAUUUGUGCUCGAAUUGAUCCGGAUCUUCAACGGAUCCUUCGAAGGGGCUGUUCUAUACGAUAAUCCAAACUAUGAGGCUCCGAACGAUAAGCGACGCAUGCUGAAGAUUGUCAACCAAAACAAAUAUGUCAACAAGAAACUACACGAAAAGGUUCAAGUUGAGAAGGACAUCUCGACGAAGGCCGUGCUCAAGGAGAAAGUGGAAGAUCCUGCUGGCGAGAUUUUCAACGCGGUUCCUUCCGACGAAGCCGCAAAGUUGGUGGCCGCCAAGAUGGACAAGAAUUUGAAGAAGAGGAAGGCGACCAGCAACGGCAAGCAAAAACUGAAAAAGAAGAAGGCCGUCCCGGAAUGC